AACAGCCGGAGCUGCUAUGGAAGAGGCGGAGCCGCCGGAGUGCCCGGUGUGUCUGCAGCCGUACGACGCCGUAUCGGCCAUCCCGCGCGUCCUUACCUGCGGCCACACCACCUGCGAGGCCUGCCUCAAACAGCUCCCCAACCCAUUCCCCAACACCAUUCGCUGCACCGUCUGCACCCUCCUCGUGAAAUUCCUAAACUGCCCCUCUUCCCUCCCCAAAAACCUCGACCUCCUCCACUUCUCCUCCGCCCUCCAAAAUCGCCACCGAACCAAGGAGAAAAUAGUCAAUUCACCCUCACCGCACCCGCCAGGAACCAAACACUUUCCGCCGACUGUAAAUUCGUGGUCGUACGAAGUAUACCGUAAAUGGAAAAAGUGGAUUCUCCCGGAAGAUUGUAUUUCGAUUGUCGAAUUCGGUUCGGAGAGUGAUGGUGGGGGAGUUUGUGGAACAGUUUUGAAGUAUUUUGAGAGUGAUCAUGUGAUCGGUUCUGUUUUGAAGGAGGGAGAAACUGUGGGUCUUUUCGUAAUCGGGGUUUUUGUCGAAGAUCAAGCGAAUUCUAAGUACUUCAACUCUAGCUACGAGUCGAGAAUUGCGGCCGUCUUGUGUCGGAUGAAGGAAGAGGAUAAAACUCAAUUGGAAGUUAUCUUAUGUGCAUCUCUUAGAGUGAACAAUGUGGGGAAGGCUUAUGGAUUUUGGUACAACGAGGAUGAUAAGUGCGUUUAUAUCGUUUUCGAGAAAUUUAAAUCACCUAAUUUGAAUUGUGUUCUUAAGCAAAAGGAGAGUGAAGAGGGAGAUUUGAGCACCGACGAAAUAAGAGGUAUGGCGAUGCUCGGUUUGGAAGCGUGUGAGAUUUUGAGCCGAUUGAACUCGGAGGGGCUGAUAAUCGGUUUCUUGAGUGCGAGUAGUUUCGGUUUCGAUGAUUUUGGCCGUGUAUGUAUCGACUUAAGUAAGAUUCUAAAUACAGGAACGAGACUGAAUAUGGCGGUUCGAAGGGGUUUCAAAGAUUCGGAAGUCGAUUUAUUUCAAGAAGAUUAUGUGUUUAUUAGUCCGGAGAUGCUAUUACAUUUUCUUGUCAAAGACGGGUUUGAUUUGGAUUUGGGAAAAUCAAGAUACGAAGUUGGAUCUGCUUCGGAUGUUUGGUCGUUAGCAUGUUUACUAGUUCGGUGUAUCGUUGGAAAGUCCUUUCUAGAAGAGAUUGAACCUUUCUUGAACUCCGUCGUUAACGGUACAAAAGAUAAAACGGGCUGCGAUUAUUCUGGUUUGUACACGAGUUGGAUGGACAAAAUUUCAGCAUUGUUAGAAUGUAGAUUAAGUUCGGAAUUCGCUUAUUUGAACGAGAUUUUACGCAGAUGUCUGAGUUUUGACCCUAAAGAUCGGCCCGUAAUAACCGAGCUAUGGAGAUGCAUGCGAGAGUUGAUUAUUAAACCACAGUUUGAUACGGGCCUCGUUUUAAAGCAGGAUGUAAAGAAGGAAAAGUCGGGCCAGAGUGUAGUACUAGGAGAGCUAUGUUACAUAGUCGAGAAAACCGACAUAAAUAAGGAAGUUGGAGAAGACGUGGAACCGAGUGUCGAUGGAGAUGUGGCUGAGAGUAUGUCCAUUGGUCAAGUCAAAUGUACGGAGAUGAAAGGUCAUCUUGAUUGUAUCACAGGGCUGGCUAUUGGAGGGGGAUUCCUGUUCAGCUCGUCGUAUGAUAAGAUAGUCCGUGUAUGGUCUCUGCAGGAUUUUACACACGUACACUCGUUUAAAGGCCACGAUCACAGAAUCACGGCUCUCGUUUUCGUGGACGGAGCUCAACAAUUGUGCAUCAGCGGGGAUAACGAAGGCGUUAUAUGCAUAUGGGAAGCGAAUCCUCCCUUUUCCGAAUUGCCGUUAAAAAAACUGUACGAGGCCAAGGAUUGGAGAUACAGCGGCAUCCAUGCAAUGGCAGUUUCCGGAACAACACAACAUCUCUACACUGGCGGCGGGGACAAAUUAGUAAAAGCAUGGUCACUACAGGAUUACACGAUUUCCUGUUCAAUGAGCGGUCAUAAAUCAGUAGUCUCGUCUCUAGUAGUUUCCGAGAGUGUUCUUUUUAGUGGAAGCUGGGAUGGGACUGUUCGAUUAUGGUCUCUCGUCGAUCAUAGUCCUGUAGCGGUAUUAGGACAAGACAUACUUGGAAACGUAGCCUCUGUUUCGUCUCUUUGUGCUGAUCGUCAUUUGCUUUUCGUCGGUCACGAAAAUGGUAGCAUAAAGAUAUGGCAUAACGAUGUGCUUUUGAAGUCGAUAGAGACUCAUAAAGGUGCUGUUUUCUCGAUCUGCAAGAAGGGUAAAUGGCUGUUUAGUGGAGGCUGGGACAAGACAAUUAGUGUUCAGGAAAUAUCCGAAGACGUGUUGGAAAUGGAAGCGACACCUAUUGGGUCGAUUGCUUGUAAUUCGACGAUAACAGCUCUUGCGUAUUGGAACGGGAAGAUAUUUGUCGGACAAGCCGAUAGAAUUAUAAAGGUCUACCAUGGAAUGUAGCAGGUGCUAGGACAUGCUUUUGUUUGAUCUCAUGCUUGAUACUCUUACUAGUCUGGACUACCGUUGAACCUCAGUAAAUUAAUAACAUCGCUUAAAUAAUAUUUUUUCUCGGUCCCGAUUCGUUGAAAAUGUAUUAAAUUAGUAGUUCGAUAAUUAAAUUUUUUGCUAAAUUAAUAGAAUUUUGCUGGUCCCGACUGUAUUAAUUUAUAGAGGUUUAAGUGUAAUUGGACAAAGUCAUUGGUGCAAAAUUAAUAUAGUAUAACGAAGA